AUGGCCCGGCUCCAAACGACGAAGCCCGGCAGCGGAGUUAGCCCCCGUUUUGUGUCGGAGCAACAGAUUCGGCAGCUGGAACGGAAGCUGCGAGCAAAAGAAGAAAGAAUAAUUGUGCUGGAAACAGAAAAUGCCUUUCUGCACCUCAAGCUUGCAAAGAAUCAAGGAAUAAUUAGGAACAGCUCAGCAGAACAUAAUUUUGCUUAUUAUUAUAAUACGAAGAAAUUUCAUGGAACUGCAAAAUCCAUUGUAAUCCAGCUUCACAGAGCCAUACAGAGACUACAACAAGACAUGCAGAAUCUCCGUUUGUCUGCCCUUCAAUUUUCAAGGGAGAUCCACCAUCAAAGCGAGAGCUUUCUCCCUCAAGUUCUACUCAUUGUCCAAAAGCUACAAUUACAGAAGGAGACCAUGGAAACCUUUCAGGUUAAAACACUGGAACUUGAACAAUCCUUGAAUGAGAUUAAUGAGAGAUAUAGGAAAGAAAAACAAAGAAGAAAAGUAUUGCAUAACAACCUACUUGAGCUAAGAGGCAACAUCAGAGUGCAUUGCAGAAUCCGCCCAUUCUUACCAUUUGAUGCAGCUCCAGAGGAAUCAGCCAUGGAAGACAGGCAGAGAAGCAUUUCAGAAAACGUGAUCUGUGCAACAGAUGAUGAAACCAUCUUAGUGAAGUGCAGCCGUCCUGGUCAUGCUUUGAUAAACAAGACAUACCAGUUUGAAAGAGUUUAUAACACAUCUGAUUCACAAACAACAGUAUUUGCAGAUAUUUCUCCUUUGCUAACCUCUUUGCUGGAUGGGUUCAAUGUGUGUAUUAUGGCUUAUGGGCAGACUGGCAGCGGGAAAACAUACACAAUGUUGGGCCCGCAGCUUGAAAAAAGUUUUCAUUUCUCAAUGGAAGAUGAGACAGAAUUAGGAAUCAUUCCUAGAGCCAGCAAAGAAGUAUUCAGGCUUCUUUCAGAAAAGUCAUCAGGAAGCCAUUGGGUUGAGGUUUCUGUUGUAGAAGUGUAUAAUAAUGACAUUUUUGAUCUUCUGGCCAAAGACAACUCUGGAAGGCUGAAUGGUAUCAAAAGGGGUAUAAUGACAAAUAAAGAAGGAAAGAAUGAUAUUCCACUUCUUACCAAUGAACCUGUUGAAGAUGUUGUGGAAUUCUUGGAGCUUGUUAACCAGGGUCUACAGCUGAGGGCCAAACAGUCAACCCUUGUACAUACCGAUUCAUCUCGUUCACACCUUGUGAUAACUUUGACAAUAACCAUCAAGGCUGCCACAGGGGAUGAUUUUGCUCCUCCCUGGACAGGUGACCAUUCUAGUCAAAAACUAGGUAAGGAACAUUUCUUCACUGCUGCUUGUUCUUCUAGAGCUUGUUCACCAGCACAGCUCUCCAGGGAAUCAGUGGAGAGACCGAUGCAAAUGAGAACAAAACUUCAGCUGGUGGAUUUAGCGGGCAGCGAAAGUGUUGGUAUGUCCGGUGUAACUGGGUCACUGUUGAGAGAAACCUCCUUCAUUAAUCGCAGUUUGUCUGCUCUAGCCGAUGUACUUGGAGCCCUAUCAGAACAGAACUCUCACAUUCCAUAUCGAAAUAGCAAACUUACACAUUUGCUACAGGAUGCCAUAGGUGGUGAUGCAAAGUUGCUGGUGGUAUUGUGUGUCUCUCCAAGCCAGAAGUACAUAACAGAGUCACUUCAAACCCUGGGAUUUGGGUCCCGUGCUCGGCAAGUUCAGAGAGGCCAUGCCAAGAAAAGAAAUGAACUGGCACUGAACAAAUCCAAAUAAGACAUAAGCCUUCUGUGGAUUAAAACUUUAUUAAUGAGUUCCUCAGACUGAAAAAUAAUCUUGUUAUGAAAAAAAAAAUUAAAUUGCCUUUUAAAAUAAGUACGCUUUAAUGCAGUAU